AUGCGUCCAAUUUCCAGAUCUGCUCUCCGGCCAUAUGUUUGCCAAACCUGUCGCCAUGGUAUCGGCGCUGGCCGGCGGCGAUUUGCAUCUCAAUCCGGUUCUCCUGACCUUUACGACGUCGUUUGUGUUGGAGGCGGGCCUGCCGGCCUAGGGUUAAUGGCUGCACUUCGGGCGUCGCCUAUCACCUCUAAGCUCCGAGUCGCUCUCAUUGAGACCCAGGAUCUCACCAAAGCUCAAGCUUGGAAUCUCGAGCCAACCCAAUAUUCCAACAGAGUCAGCAGCCUGACCCCCUCGUCCGUGGCAUUCCUACGCCAAAUCGGCGCAUACGACCACCUCGAUGUCAACCGUGUCCAGGACUACCAGGACAUGCAGGUCUGGGACGGCCAGACUGGGUCCUCAAUAUCAUUCGAUUGGUCCAUGGAGACAUCCCCGUUCGAGGACCCGCGCACCGUAGCAACAAUGACCGAGAACGCAAACCUGGUGCGCGCACUGCUCCGCCGCAUCGCACAGUCCGGCGACGAAAACCUCUCCCUCUUCUCAAACUCAACCGUUGCCUCCAUUGAAACCGGCUCCGACCUCAAACCAGAAGGACCUGACCUCUCCGCCUGGCCUGUCCUCUCCAUCAAACCCACCGGCCCAGGCGAAUCAACCCCCAAGCGCAUCGCUGCUCGCCUUCUCGUCGGCGCAGACGGUAUCAACAGCCCCGUCCGCUCGUUCGCCGAUAUCUCAACCCACGGCUGGGACUAUGGUCGCCACGGAAUUGUCGCAACACUCGCACUAGGCGAUCUCGACAUCCCACCUUUCCCCGCCUCAAAGCGAACCGCCUACCAGCGCUUCCUUCCGGCUCUGGGUGGUCCAAUUGCCCUCCUACCGCUUCCCAAUAACCACGCAACCCUGGUCUGGUCUACAACACCCGAGAACGCCGCGUAUCUCAAGUCCCUCUCCACCCCCUCUUUCCUCGCAAUGGUCAACGCCGCCUUCCGCCUCGAGAUGACUGACCUCAGCUACAUGAUGGGCAUGUCUUCCACCUCCGACAUCUCCCACCAAGAUGAACUCACCUGGCGCACUCAGCACACCGCCCUCCCCUCUCAGGUCCCUCCUCCUGCAACAGCCGUGCAAGAAGGAACAAUCGCCUCCUUCCCAUUGCGCUUUAGACAUGCCGCGCAGUAUGUUUCUCCGCGUGUGGCACUUGUUGGAGACGCCGCGCAUGUCAUCCACCCACUUGCUGGUCAGGGUCUGAACCUCGGCUUGGCAGAUGUGGCUUCCCUGUCCAAGACAAUCCAAUAUGCCGUUUCGCAUGGUAUGGAUGUCGGUGAUUUGCUUACGUUGGAACGUUAUUCAUCUGAGCGGUACUUGCCCAAUGCCAAGAUUGGUGGUGCUUGUGAUUUGCUGCAUAAGAUGUACACGGUUCCUGGGGAGGGGCCUGUUGCUUGGGCCCGGAGCGUUGGACUGGGUGUUGUUGAUCGUUUGCCUUUUGUCAAGUCGUUCUUGAUGAAGAAUGCCGAAGGUUAUUAG